AUGAGUACUCCUGAUAAGUGCCCUCUACCAGACCCUUAUUGGGCCUUCUAUUGGCCAGGUGGACAAGGGCUUACAAGGUUCAUGAUUGAUAAUGAUGCAGAAUUUCAAGGUUCUUCAAUUCUAGACUUUGGUGCUGGGUGCGGAACAGCUAGUAUAGCAGGCGCUAUGUGUGGAGCAAAAAGAAUUCUAUCAAAUGAUAUUGAUAAAUAUGCUCUAGUUGCAACGAAGCUAAACUUCAAAUUAAAUUGUGUUCCAGAUAAGCAGGUGGUUUAUUCGUCGAAAAAUUUUCUAGAAAACCCGGUAGAUGUCGACAAUUUUUUCAAAGUCAAUAAUAGAAAACGAUUCAUUCUUCUGGGAGAUAUGUUCUACGAUUCCCAGUUUGCCGAAAUUCUGUUCGCCUGGCUGAAAAGAGUUCAAUGCGAGCGAGAUGUUCGGAUUCUGGUUGGUGAUCCUGACAGACAUCCGCUGGCCGAGGAGCAAUAUCUGACAGCAUAUAAGACAAAGUUCCGAAAGAGGCAAUUAGCUGAAUAUUCGCUUCCCGGCUAUGUCAUCAACGAGCACUAUGGAUUUAAUACAACGAAGAAACAGGAGAACAGUCAGGGAAACGACGAAGAAUUCAAGUUAGAAAAAACACAGAUUGAUUUAGCAGCGCAGAGUCGAAUUGACAAAACCGCAAAAGCGAUAUCGAAGCCUGAGAAGACUCUAAUAAAUACUGAAAAUCGGGCGCAAUGGAUGAACAAAUUCUAUGCGAAAAAGCAAUCCGUAAAAGCAAUUUGUCGAGAGUUUGUGAGUCAGCGAUCGUUUCAGCAUAAAUUCACAACAGUCGCACAAAGUAAAAAUAACGAUAAAUGCAGAUAUUCAGAUAUUUCUGUGAUUGAUGCAACUCGGGUUAUUCUCAAAGAUCGCCCACCCAAGGAUGAUUUCAUUCAUGCAAAUUGGAUGAAAAUGCCCGACGGAUUUCGAUAUAUUUCGACACAAGGACCACUUGACAACACUGUUGAAGACUUCUGGCAUAUGGUCUACACGGAAAAAGCAACAGCGAUUGUGAUGAUUUGCGAUUUUGCUGAAAAUAAUUUAAGCAAGUGUGCUUUUUAUAUUCCAACCGAUAAACGAGAUAGUUGCAAAUUUGGAAAGUACACAAUCAAACGGAUUGGCAAAGUGACGAAUCCGUUGGACGACAUCAAAAUGCAGGUUUUUGAAAUCACUCAAAGCAAAGGAGAUUAUAAGCAUGUUGUCAAUCAUUAUCAAUACCUUCACUGGCCGGAUCAUAUUGCUCCGAAAGCUUCAACAACGGCUCUCAAGCUUAUACGCAGUUUCAAGCAGAACUCAUCGGUAGGCUCGCCGGUUGUUGUGCACUGCUCGGCGGGCAUCGGACGCACGGCGACAUUCGUCGGCAUCGAUUACGGCUCACAGCGACUAUCGCAGAAUCCCGAUUUGGCGUUGUUCGACAUUGUGCGCGAGAUGCGCGCGAUGCGCGACAAAGCGGUUCAAACCUACUUCCAAUACGUGUUCAUGAUCAUCUGCAUCACCGAUUUGUUCUCAUCGGAAGGCGUGCCGAGAAAUGAGCACAUGAACUCGUUCUACGACGAAUACGUCGAGCGUCUCGAGCGCAAUUGCAAGAAGCGCGCGCUCGGCCAUAAUAAAUCGCAGGACAAAUGA